AUGGUGAUAAUGCUGGAUGGUGGUGUCGCUAGCGCCGAGCGAUCUGGGCCUGCAGGUGGCGGUGUUGCUGGCGCCGAGCGAUCUGGGCCUGCAGGUGGCGGUGUUGCUGGCGCCGAGCGAUCUGGGCCUGCAGGUGGCGGUGUUGCUGGCGCCGAGCGAUCUGGGCCUGCAGGUGGCGGUGUUGCUGGCGCUAGACGGCGUGAGCCUGUAGGUGGUGGUGUCGCUGGCGUUGGGCGGGCUGGACCUGUAGGUGGCGGUGUCGCUGGCGCCGGGCGGGCUGGGCCUGUAGGUGGCGGUGUCGCUGGCGCUGGGCGGGCUGGGCCUGUAGGUGGCGGUGUCGCUGGCGCCGGGCAGGCUGGACCUGGAGGUGGCGGUGUCGCUGGCGCCAGGCAGGCUGGGCCUGCAGGUGGCGGUGUCGCUGGCGCCGGGCGGGCUGUGGCCUUGUGUUGA